AUGUCAGAACAUGGAGAUAGUAAUUCCUGUGAAUGCGAGUCCGAAAAGGUUGUCCUUGACCAAAACUGCCCCCAAAAUCUGCAAUGGAUAGUCAGGAAGUUAGCCUUUCUUAUGCAUGAUGAAAUAGCAACGCAUCAACUUGAAAGACAAACUGAUCUGCUCGACAAGUUUAUACAUCUUUCGCCGCGCGCUUUUUGGUUGCACGACAUUCCUUACAUCAUAAAAAUAUUGGAGCACCUUUUUAAACACAUCAAUACAUUUUGCUUGUUUAAACCACGCUUAAAGUCACUAUUGAAUUUGGCGAUCGUACCACCUUUGUUGGAAAGAGCUUCUGAUGUUUUGGAACUUGGCAGGGACUUGGAUGAAUAUUGUUCCUUUCUUGGUUACAUGUUAAUAGAGGUCCAAGAAGUAGAAUUAAGAGAUUUAAUUUUAUUGGCCAUUACAAAUCUUGUUCGGAAAAUUGCUCCCAUAGUGGUGAACAGCGUGCCACAUCAAGCCUUGCUACAAAGUGUGGAGCGAAGUCAGUUGCCCACUGUUGUGACAAAGUUGUUAGAAUUAGCGGAUGAAGAUUUAUUUGACGCGCUUUUAGAUAUCUGUUGGUUGUUCGUAAAAAUAUCGGAUGCAGUAUGCCAUCAAAUGAUUCAAGAGGAUGCUUUGGAUUAUAUACUAACACGAAUUAAUCUCACUAGUGCUAAUUUCGUCAUUUCUUGUAAGAUAAUUUGGCGCCUAUUGGAAGCUAGCAGAAAUGAAACCGAUCGAUUCAAACGAAAUUUGUUGGGUCCCUCUCGAGAGGCUUUGCGAUGUUUGCAGUCAUUGCUCAGGACACUUACGAAUAACAACAACCAAAUUUAUAGAAAUUUCAUUAUGUCCGUCAUACUUCACUGUAUGGAUUUAUUUCCCAACUUACAGUUAAAUCUAUCGGGGCUGGCGAACGAUAUCGGGGUGCUAUGUUCAGCAACGGAAUUUGGCACGGGGGGUACCUGGAUUACCAACGUUACGUUUGGUACCAACGACUAUGAUUACGAAUUUAAGAAAAUGUUGCUACUUGCAAUAUGCUAUUGCUCGAAACUUCCCUUGACGCUCAAGAUUGUACAUCCGAAAAGAAUCAUUCCAUCUCUGAUACGAAUACUAACUCCAGAACUGAGUAAACCCUGGCUUCCAGAUCAACAGGUUAAGUUAAUUUCAAUGGCUAUAAAUGCCUUGCACAUGGUUGCUCAGGCUGUACCUAAUGAGUUUUUGAAUAGCAAUGGCCCACUUAGAAUGCUAUCGAUGAUUGAGCGCUUCAAUGUUCAACCCUACGAUUUGCUGCUAUUAAGAGAUUGUUUAAAAUCCAUUAACGCCAUAGCUACAAUGAAGCACAAAGAAAUUUGUACAAGUUUUGUAAAUCACGACGCAUUCAACAUUUUAACAGUCAUUUGCGAUAAGCUACUUUCACUUGCGAUUUUAUCACUGAAUAGCCAAGAGUGCUUAACGUACGCCUUUUGCGCAUUAGAAAGCUUAAUUUUCGUUAAACCGAAGAAGUGGGGGAAUGUUAUAGAUCUAUGUACCAAGUUGUUGGGAAGAGUGUUAACUCCGCAUGUACAAGACCCGGUAAUUAAUCCCAAGUUGGUGAUAUGUGGACUUGAUUUUCUAUGGGAGGCGGUGGCUUGGGAUGAUAACAAUUUGCAGGCCUUCGUUGGAAGCGGUGGUGUAUAUCUACUACUCGAUUUGAUCUCUGCGUCUGCAUUUCCAAUUAAAGUGGUAGGAUUGGGACUUUUAGUUGAAUUGUGCGAUGCAGGAACUGGUAUUCCUUACUUAAUUACUUGGAGAAAUUCCGGGCAGCCACUAUUUCCCGCUCUACUUACAAUUUUUAGGGACGAGUGCAUGAAAAUGGGUGUUAGGACAUCAUAUGACGGAACUGUGUCUGAUGUUGAAUUUCCACUAAUGGGUCAACAGCAGUGGUACGAAACCUUCGGUAUACAAAAAGAUCUCUACAGCACACCAGCUAUUGUCGACCUUCUUGGCAGUUGUAGACCAAAGGUUUACGCCAUAAUAAACUUGUUGUAUAACCGUCACAACUUAUCAGUUGAUAUAGCGAAUGAACACUAUUGCAUGUUUAACCUCGACAACUUGAAGACUGAAGACAAGAUCACGUUGCACUUGGCAGAAAACUUCUUAGCGUUGAAAUUAGGUGAAACCUGGAUGGAAGUGAGUCGUGACUUAGAAAACGCAGGCGUGCUACCAUUAGCAAUCGACACUGCAUUUGUCACUCAACUGACACGUCGAUUCCAUAACUGGUCGCAGCACAUACGAAUUUCACAGGAAAAGUUACUGGAGCAAGAAUUCUUGGAGGAGUAUAACACGGAAAUGGAUUUCUACAAACUGUUGAGAGAAAGUAAACUUAUAGAAUCGCUUCAAGCAUUGCACGAAUUGAGGUAUAUUGCACGAACCACGGAGCGAAUGUUUCGAUUUGCCGAAAAAACAAAACAAUGUCGGCAAGCUGAAAGAUUUGGUAACUUUUCAGCAAACGCUAUCCCUCAUAGGACAUUUAUGCACGAUAUUAAAGUGACCACUGUUUUCAAACAACGUGUAAGUAUUCAAAGUAAACAAAAUUGUAACUGGGACAUUCCUACCCCUAUUACCGACUCCGAAGAAAACGAGAAUAUUCCAACGGCUAGAUUCAGUGAUUCACUUGAAUCUGAAUCUGAUUAA